AUGGCUAAGCGACGAAUGGCACUGCGGUCGACUGUCCGCAAAGUCUUGGAUCCUGGUCUCCCACCUGUCACGAGACCCCGCCGUAAACCUGCUGCUUCUGGGAAAGCCCGCGCAAGUACAGGCAGCGCCAAUGCAACAACCUCUGGCCAGAACGACAAUUCUGCGGUGCCACCCAAUGUUCCUGCGGGUGCUUGUCCUGCAUGCGGUCGAGCAGCUAAUACAGCCAGCACGAACGGCUCUGGAGCCGUAUUGCCUGGUGCUCCCAAUCCUGUGGAACGAGACCCGGCUUCUGGCAGCAGUGUACCCAAUGCGAGUUUGAGUCUUUCCUCUGUGCUCGUCACGGUCAAUCAGGCACCAUUGACACCUCCAGCGACAGGCAACUCGGCACCAGGACUGGGUCUUUCGACUAUCACAUCGACAAUAGAUCAGGCGCCUUCUACGCCUCCACCGCGUCGUUUUCCACGAAACACAGGGCGACUGCCUUUGCUGAAGAAGAAUGGCGCCAGAAAUGGCCGUGCAGUUCUCCCGACUGGGGUAUUGAGCGGUCGUAUCAGCAAACGAUUCUCACCUGUUCUCUCUACGCGGCCCAAGGGCUUGAAGAAUCCAGACAUCACCUGCUACCGAAACGCAGCUCUUCAAUGUCUGCUGCAUGUGCCGGCAUUCUACCACUACCUUGGCAACACGCACAAAGACUGCACUCGUACUGGAGAUCGAUGUGUUGUCUGCGCGCUACAACACCUUGCUAACGUCUACUGGAACGAAGCUGGCUUCAGGUCCGACGAGGAUGAUGAAGACUCACCCCCCGAGAUUCGUGAAGAGGUAGUCGACAAUUUCAACGCAGCUUGCCUGCGGUGCUUGCCCCAAACUCAGGUCACACUCCGUGAGGAGUUCGAAUCAAAUACCAUGGGAGAUCCGCAUGAGUUCAUUGAGUAUCUUGUCACUGAGCUUGAAGCUGCUGAGACUGCCGACGAUCAACCAAGGUGCGCAGCGAUGUUCGAAGCUCGCAGCCAAGAAGAAUGGACUUGCAGUGAAUGCGGCUAUGUGCGGCUUCUCCCAGCUAUCCAAAAGCCUCCGGGUGUUGGUCUCGAAGCAUGGUUGCCGAACAUGCCUAAAGAUACUUCGCUUGUGCAGUAUUUGAGCAACGAUACUUUCCAAAUGCGAUCCCAGCGACGAUGUGAUGGAGCACCAUGUAUCGCUAAGUACGGCGGAGGAUCUGAUGUAUCCAUGCCAGAAUUCCCCGGACCAGAAAGAGCGAUCCGCAAGACCUUGACACAGCUGCCCGAGAUUCUUGUGAUCCGGAUGAUGCGUUUUGGCUAUGACCAGAAUUACAAGCCUGCCAAAGACGACCGUCAAGUCGAAUACCAGGAGUAUCUCAACCUAGGCCCAUACUCGAGCAGUGACCAAGAGCACUACACUUACCGCCUCGAUGGCGUUGUUGCACAUAAUGGUGACAGCAAUGACGAGGGGCAUUAUGUCGCAGCUGUCAGGCGCUAUGAUAGAGCAGGCUUUGAGAUAAUCAACGACAAUGAAGACAUAAAAGAGACGACCAAGUUCGUCAGCAUGAUGGAUCCUGUUACAUCAGUAAUGGGUGGGCAGGAGACUAUCUUCAAUCCCUAUGUUCUGGUGUACAGCAAGCUGUAA